CAGAGAAGUAGAGUUGUCUUCGCCAACCUAACAAGAACUCGUCCACACGUUCUACUCUUAGAUGAGCCAACCAACAACCUUGACAUCAUCACUAUCGACGCGCUCGUCGACGCGCUCAACGACUUUCAGGGCGCGGUCGUCGUCGUCAGCCAUGACCUCCGGCUGGUGUCCGCAUGUUGCAACCACGUGCUGGCGUGUGAGGAAGGAAGAGUGACGGAGGUCAAGGGCGGCAUCGAAGCAUACCGACAGAUGUUAGAGGAGAGGCAAAGAAAUUCUUCUUAA